CCAAAUCAGAGAAGAAGAAGAAUCGGAAGAAGAACGCCGCACAGCUGCUUUUUGUUAUUUCUUUGACAACAAUUUACAAAAAAGAAAAAGGUUAUAACUUGCUUAAAUGGAUUGGGAAUGCAGAGCAUGUGGCGAGCAGAUAUUUAUUUCCGAUCCGAAGAACAUCUUCGAAAAGGAAAACUCGGAAAUACUGCUGAGAAUCAAGCAGCUCACUGGCAUUCCGUUUGAGUUUGACGAAAAUCUACCAACGCAUAUUUGUUCCUGCUGUUUGCUGGACCUGAACCAGGCCAUAGUGUUUCGCGAGCGUUGCCUAAAAACGCACAAGCGUCUGCAGCUGAAGGCAGCCGGAGCACGCAAUCCUGUGCAGAAGGAUGAACCCCGAGACCCAUUGGAUGAAACUGUGCCGCCCACGGAUGGCACCGAUGAUGAAGACGCUUUCAGUGAAGAGUUCUCCGAGCCGGAGGAUGAGAAAAGACAUGUAUUAUUGGCACCGCAAGAACCCAAAGAAAUAAAGAAAAUAGUCCCGAGUCCCAGAAGCGAUUACCCCCGUGUAGUGGUUAAGCGCUGCCGCAUGCCAGAAGGAACCAGCGCGACUUCCACGCCUGCUCAAGUCACGCCACCAAGUCCUCCCAAAAGGAUUACCAGUGCCAAAGGAAGCCUUGCGGAUGGAGCUUGUUCCACCAAGAAAGAAGAGGAAAAGGGCUAUUUGCUUGGAGAAGAAAUAUGUGUGUGACC